GCGUAUAACGAUAAUAACCUCGCGACCUGGUUCGUUAGUUUAAGUAAAAAGAUAACUAAUUAUUAUGUUAAUGCAUUUCUACGUUAAGAACUACAUGUGUUAGUACCAUUUACCUUUAAAAAUAUGUGAUAAGUUAUAAUGUUAGCGAAGCGUUUUCUAUAUUCAUGCAUCAAAACCACGCAAUCACUAAGCAAAAAGCACUCACCUUGCCCAAUAAGCUGUACAGCAACAACGCAAUUAUCCGCCCCAAACUCGGCAGCGUGGUACCGGUUGUUGGUUCGCAAUGCUUCCACCCUGGACGGACGGGAUGACCUCUCGGUACCUGGGGCAUCACUGUACAACAUCAGGAAAACUAUUAAAGCGUCGCCUCUGGAGAGUUCAGAAGGCUUCACUUGUAUACAAACGGUUUGUCCGAUAUGUAACAGAGUACCAGGACAGGUCGAUAACCAUAGUACGAGAGAUGAAACAAUCUAUGUGAACAAGACGACGGGAAGUUUUACCUGUUCUGCAUGUCAAUAUCUGGGUCGGUGGGAAUAUGUUGAGAAGUUUUUCUUACCCUACAAUAAAAGUGCAAAAACUGUACAGGAGAUGCAGAAGCUUAGGGAUAUCUUUUUGGCUACUAAGAGAGCUGAGAAGAAAGCUGCGGUCGAAUUUCCGGAUGGUUUAGUGACAGUUAAUGAAAAUUUAGCUGCUGAAAUUUGUACAAAAUUUCGUCUAGAGGGAAUUCCGACAGGGAGUUUAGUACAAAUGUGCUCAAGGUGGGAUUCGACUCAUCAACAUGUGUAUGUCCCUCUGAUCGAUGUGGAAUGUAGGUUAGUUGGCUACAAAGUUCUUAGUAUUUCUGAAGAAUCCAACGGUAGCACGCUGGUUGAGAGGACUGUACCCGAUGCGAACUGUUCUGGAUUAAUCUACUUGAAAUGUUCGACCACGACUGUUGGUACAACAGUAAAAGCAAAUCUCAAAGAGCCUUCUAAUGCUAUAGUUGUAUUGAAUAUUUGUGAUUUACUGGCAUUGAGUGCUGCUAAAGUUAACGCAACUGCCAUUUGUCUUCCUCAUGACUUGAAAAGUUUGCCUCAGCAGUGUUUGCCAGGACUAGAACGAUACCAGAAAUUAAUACUAUGGUUCAACUACGACACCGCUGGUUGGGACACGGCUCGAAAUUACGCUAAAAAGUUAGAUGAGCGUCGAUGUCUGUUUGUCCGUCCAACGGAUGCUCAUCCUACACCGGCGAAAGCUCUUUCGUUAGGAAUGGACCUGAAAGGAAUUUACUCGAAAGCACAGCCAAUUCUUCAUCAGUCGAUAACCACCUUCCAAGCAUUGCGACAGGACGUAUUGAGCGAUUUACAGAAUAUCGAUAAAGUUCAGGGUGUUAAGUGGAAGCGAUAUCCCACACUUAAUAAACUGCUAAAAGGUCACCGGAAAGGUGAACUGACUGUUCUCACUGGUCCAACAGGGUGUGGAAAGACUACCUUCAUGUCGGAUUAUUCGCUGGACUUAGCUUUGCAAGGAGUCUCGACACUAUGGGGAUCAUUUGAAAUACGAAACACCCGGUUAGCUUCCACUUUGUUGCGUCAAUUGGCCGGUCGACCGUUGGAUGUGAAUUUAUCGGAUUUCGACUAUUGGGCGGAUCAAUUCGAGCAACUUCAAGUCUACUUUAUGACUUUUCAUGGGCAGCAACCGAUUAAAGUCGUAAUGGAUGCCAUCGAACAUACUCAGUACGUACACGACAUUCAACAUGUGAUCAUCGACAAUCUGCAGUUUAUGAUGGGCGUCUCGGAGGAGAGUAAGCAUUUAGAUCGUUACUGGAAACAGGAUGCAAUCAUUGCGGCAUUCCGAACAUUUGCCACGCGCAAGAAUUGCCACGUGACGCUGGUAAUUCAUCCUAGGAAGGAGCGCGACACGGAAGACCUGACGACAAGUUCAAUCUUCGGUGGAGCCAAAGCUUCACAAGAAGCAGAUAACGUACUGAUAAUUCAGGACAAACGACUAACUUCAGUGAGAGGAAAGAAGUAUCUGCAGGUCGCCAAAAAUCGUUACAGCGGAGACUUAGGUAUUAUGCCGUUGGAUUUCGACAAGGCCAGCCUGAGCUAUGCACAAAAACGUAAAAAGACUGAAACGAUAGAUACACCUCUUGUAGAUGAAACGAAUGAAUCAAUCCGUGGUGAUAAUUAGUUAUUUUACGUUUAAAUACUUCAACUUAAAAAGUAUGCCAUCAGACCAAAAGUGUUAUAGUGAUUAAAAGUAAUUUUCAAUUAAAGCUAUUUACACAUUUAAAAAUGAA